CGCCACGUACCCCUUCCAAAGCCGUCGUGCUGCUAUCUCGAACAUUUUGACGCGUGCGAUGCGCGCCGGUUCGCUCGAAAGAUUUCAAUUUUUCCAGCAACUCGCGAUAGCAUGAGCGAUGAUUACGGCAAGGAGACGGCCAAGGAGACCUUCCAGGAACCGCGAAAGAAGUUCUGGCUGAGAUCGAGAAAGCGACCAAAGAGCGACGCGAUGAGCAUCAGCUCGAUGGACAUAUCCAUCGACUCCGAAAUGGGGAACAAGAAGAAGCGGCCCAGGAUCACAGAGUUUGCCAGCAGUAUAUUCCCAUCCUCGGCUGCAGUGAGUAAACUGGGCGGCAACGGUAGAUCCGCGUUGCACAAAUCCUUCAUCAUUCCACCGAGCUCCUCGGAUCUGUCGAUCAUCGAGGACGAGUCUGAUUCUGAAGCGUUGCGCAAAAAACUAAAGAAUACCACUGAGAGCUGUAACAAUUUGACGAUCAGAAGCUGGAUGUUGGAUGUGGCAUGUGCGCAAGGUAAAGAACGUUGGAGCAAUGUAUUGACUAGAAGCGAGGUCAAGAGGCAAGAGGCGAUUUACGAGUUAUACUGCGGUGAAAACGUGCUGCUAAACGACUUCUAUAUGCUGAGAGACUUUUAUUACGAACCGAUAUCAUCCACCGGUAUCUGCACAUCCGAAGAAUUAUUCACGCUUUUUGGUGAUCUCACGAAUCUCAUUCAGAUACACAGUAGCUUGAGGGAUGAUUUGCUCAAACUGCGUGAUAUAAGUGGUUUCACAAAGGCUGUAGGCCCAACGAUGCUAGAAUGGCUACCGACACUUAAGAAACCAUACCUGGAAAGAUGCAAAACGUUGGUAUGGGCGAGGCACUUGUUGGAUGAGAAAAGAUUCAGCAGUAAGCGGUUCCAGUCGUUCCUGAAGAAACGCCUAGAGUCACCGCGUUCCGUUGACUUGUGGACUUAUCUGGAUGUGCCACGGUCGAGGAUCGUCAAGUAUCCGUUGCUGGUGAAGGAGAUCCUGAAGCACACUCCCGUUAGCGAUGCGGAUUAUUCGCCCUUGAAGGAAGCACGCGAUGUAUUGUCCGACUUGCUGCAGGAUAUCGAUCGGACGAUGGGCGACGCCGAGUGCAAGCUCGCUCAGUCGAAGAUAAACGCAAAGAUCGAGCACGAUCCUGACAAGUGCAUUGCUAGUGCCACGGAGUUGAUCACGGAAGGACCACUCAAGGAUACACGCGGAGUGAAAUAUCACUGUUUCCUCUUCGAUACAUGCUUCGCGAUAACUCGGUCCACUCGAAGGCUCAGCAAAAAAUACAAUCUCAUGUUACCCGCCAUACCCAAGGACCAGCUGUAUGUGCAAACGGAGGAUAAGAACAUCGCGGGAAUCGGAUUCAAGAUCGGCGAGCAUUUCUUCAUAACGGCGGACGAGCACAAGAGGAGGCACUGGGUCGAUUCCUUCGACAAGUUGCACCUAAGGAAAGUCUCCAGCCAGGUUCUCAACAAGCACAACAAGGAGAAUCUGCCGGGCACGGAAUCGUCGGAGCCGAGUUACGUUACGAGGAAAUCAAUGUCCACGAGGACUUCCACGAGCAGUAUUAACGACAAUCAUUUCUCCUUGUUCAUAAAAAAGAACCUGCUUAAGCAAAAGCGCAACAGUAUCGGCUAUAUACAGUGAAAAAUUCCUGUUGCAAUUUUUCUCUUACGAUUAUUUUCAUGAUAAAUAAUCCUUAAAUGUAUGUAACAUAUGUGUACAAAUAUUGCUAUAUAAUUAGCAACCGCGCAAUGCGUUUCACGAGAAAUCGGCCUUAUAUUUAUAAUUAUAUGCGUUCAUUUUAUACUUGCAUAUAUAUCUAAAGGCUAAAUAGAAUUGAUAUGAAUUUCUUAAUAAAUUAUGAGGGAAGGAGUGAUUUAUACAUUUAUGCAGGUUGUCCGUCAAUUAAUGAUAUAACGCCUGUGUGCAGGUAGACCGUGUAAUCUAUUAUCUCGCAGUAGCUAUUGAGGAAUAAUUAUUGCGAAAUUUUCAAAAUAAUACGGGAUUUUCCUGUUCUAUCUACGAUACGAUCUACCUGCGCGCGAGCGUUGUGUCAUCAAUUGUCGGACAUACCGUAUAAGCUUACUAUUCGAUUAAAAGGAUAGAAUUGGGAGAUAUGUUACCUAUUUUUGCGUUAUACGUCGAUAUAAGUUGGUUCUUUUUAAACCACCUACUUACGUUCAAUAGAACGGAUUUGUAAAACAUGCCGAAAUCUUAUUCCACGUUCAGAAGCGGCUUUUGACAAGUUUUUCUUUACUGACAAAUUAAUCUCAUUAAUGUAAUUUGAAAAUCUCGAAAGAAAGUUGUAACAACGCAAUGACGUUCGAAAGACAAAUUAUUCUGUUUCAGGGUUGUUCUACUUAUUCUAC